CCCCCCGGCAGUGCGGUGCUGCGCCGCGAACAUGGCGUCGGAGGGGAUGAUCCUGACGAACCACGACCACCAGAUCCGCGUCGGCGUCCUCACAGAUGUGUGCUGAAGGGGAUUUAAAUGCAUACUGAAAUCUAGGAAAGUAGUGGCAUGGCAGUGUAGAUGGUGAGGAACCCAAGGCUUACUAUGGAUUCCCCGUCAGAAACUUCACCUCAGAAAAAAAUUGGGAGAAAGCAGCAAGAUGCCUAAAGAAUGUGCUCUGUUCCACAGUAGGAAGGAAAAUACAUGCAGCACCUUUUCAGGGAUUUUAUCUUCCUGCAUUCACUACAUCUCAAGGAAUUAGUUUUCUGCUGCCAGAACAGACUGAAUCAACUCAGCAAGGGACCUCAGGAGUGCCAGUUUGAGGGAGGAGCUGGAUUGUACAGAGUCAUUACCUUUUUCUUGAGUGGGCUGUUAUCCAUGUGAGAGAUGGAGGUAACUGGACCAGCCAGUCAAAGGUAUCAACUAUUUGGAAUAUAAGAGUCCUGAAGGUGUUUGAGGACACUCUGUUCAAUUAAUUUUCAUUGAAUUGACCUUAAUAAGCUUGUGUUUCCUAUGGAAGAGGCUUUUGCAAGUGGGAACUGUUGCCUUAUUUUUUGAGCUCUUUGGUUAUUUUCAAUCAAAUUUGACAGAGGAAUAGCAGUAUUGAAAAUUGUAUCCAGCAAGGAAAGGACUUCUGUGCAAGUUCAUCCCUUCGCAGACAAAUGGCACUUCAUUUAUUCCAUCACCCAUGGAAAUUCAGUUUACUGAAUGAACUGUACUGAAUGUAGAAACACAGAGGAUUCAAAUAUGCUUUCUUUUUGUUGGGACAUCAUUUAAGCCAUAUAAAUAUUUUUCAUAAUUUACUAGUGGACAGUGACUAGUACAAAAUGUUUCAAACUUACUGCCAGUUCACAUCCAGAAAAAACAUUCUUCUGAAGUACAAUAAAUUGGUGAAGGAUACUGCAAAUCCUAAUCUUCCUUGGGAUCACCAACUACUGUUGCAAUGCAAGUCAUAUUCAGAAUUAUUAGGAGGCAUUCUCAAAGUCUAAUUUGUUUUACAGAUGCUUAAAUACUGUUGGAGCAGAAUCUGAAAAAAAACGCAAACAACCUUAUGGAUUGAGUGAGUGACAGUUGCUUCAGGAACCUUGCCGAGGAUCGUAGUGGGAUAAACCUUAAAGAUCUGGUCCAAGACCCUUCUUUGUUGGGUGGGACUAUAUCUGCAUACAAGAUAGUGCCAGAUGAAAUAGAAGAAAUCAAGGUUUGAUUGUGCAUUUAAGAGGAACUGCAGUGGUGGCGGAUGCACUCUGCCCUGUGUGUCAAUGCCUCGAGCAGGACGAGGGGAGGAGUGGGAGUGCCCCUCCCGGGACACUGCAGGGCAGGCCACGAGCCCACCCACUCUUAGAGUAUAUGUAUGGACUAAGUGUCUCAAAGUACUGCAGCUGUUCAUUGGAGACGCUGAUAGACUGGUGUGAUGAAAAGGAACUAAAUUUGAUUUUAACAACUGGAGGAACAGGGUUUGCACCACGAGAUGUCACUCCAGAGGCCACUAAAGAAGUAAUAGAGCGAGAAGCCCCGGGGAUGGCCCUGGCAAUGCUGAUGGGAUCACUUAAUGUUACACCUCUGGGCAUGCUCUCUAGGCCUGUGUGUGGAAUCAGAGGGAAAACUCUCAUAAUUAAUCUUCCAGGAAGCAAGAAAGGGUCACAGGAAUGCUUUCAGUUUAUACUGCCAGCCCUACCUCACGCCAUUGAUCUCUUGCGGGAUGCCAUUGUAAAAGUAAAGGAGGUACACGAUGAGCUUGAAGAUCUACCUUCACCACCACCUCCUCUUUCUCCUCCUCCAACCACCAGCCCUCACAAACAGACAGAAGACAAAGGAGUGCAGUGUGAGGAAGAGGAGGAAGAGAAGAAGGAUAGCGGAGUUGCCUCAACAGAGGACAGUUCUUCUUCACAUAUAACAGCAGCAGCCAUUGCAGCUAAGAAGCAUCCAUCCUAUACCAGUCCAGCUGUUAUCAUGGCUAAAGGUCAACAGCCCAUCCCUGGUCUCAUCAGUUACUGCCAUCACACAGCAGGCAGUGCAGGAGAACUGAUUCCAGAUUCCAUCAUCUCUCGUGGUGUUCAGGUUCUCCCACGUGAUACAGCCUCCCUCAGUACUACUCCUUCAGAAUCUCCUCGUGCCCAAGCCACCUCUCGCCUCUCCACUGCAUCCUGCCCAACACCAAAACAAAUUAGACGGCCGGAUGAAAGCAAAGGAGUUGCUAGUAGAGUUGGAUCCCUCAAAGUCCAGUCUAGGUGCAGCAGCAAGGAGAACAUCCUCAGAGCAAGUCACAGUGCUGUUGACAUUACCAAGGUAGCAAGAAGACAUCGCAUGUCUCCAUUCCCAUUGACAUCUAUGGACAAGGCCUUCAUCACAGUUCUGGAGAUGACCCCAGUGCUUGGAACAGAAAUCAUCAAUUACAGAGAUGGAAUGGGGCGAGUCCUUGCUCAAGAUGUAUAUGCAAAAGAUAAUCUGCCACCAUUUCCAGCAUCAGUAAAAGACGGUUACGCUGUCAGAGCUGCUGAUGGCCCAGGAGAUCGAUUCAUCAUAGGGGAAUCCCAGGCUGGUGAGCAGCCAACUCAGACUGUGAUGCCUGGCCAGGUAAUGCGAGUUACAACUGGUGCUCCAAUUCCAUGUGGUGCUGAUGCAGUGGUGCAGGUGGAAGAUACAGAGCUCAUCAGGGAAUCAGAUGAUGGCACUGAAGAACUGGAAGUGCGAAUCCUGGUGCAAGCUCGACCAGGCCAAGAUAUCAGACCCAUAGGACAUGACAUUAAAAGAGGUGAAUGUGUGCUGGCUAAAGGAACCCACAUGGGUCCAUCUGAGAUUGGUCUCUUAGCAACUGUUGGAGUAACUGAAGUAGAAGUUAACAAGUUUCCAGUGGUAGCAGUAAUGUCAACAGGGAAUGAGCUGCUGAAUCCUGAGGAUGACCUCUUGCCAGGCAAGAUUCGGGACAGUAACCGUUCAACUCUCCUAGCUACAAUCCAAGAGCACGGCUAUCCAACAAUCAACUUGGGAAUUGUGGGGGAUAAGAAGCCAGAUGUUUUUAAAGAAGAAGGGACACAGAGCUUCCAGAACACUGCGGAGACAGGCCUACCAGAUUGCCCAGAUGAUUUACUGAAUGCACUGAAUGAGGGUAUCAGCCGUGCUGAUGUGAUCAUUACAUCAGGAGGUGUAUCCAUGGGGGAAAAGGACUAUCUUAAACAGGUGCUGGAUAUUGAUCUUCACGCACAGAUUCACUUUGGCAGAGUUUUUAUGAAACCUGGCCUGCCAACAACUUUUGCAACUCUGGAUAUCGACGGCGUAAGAAAAAUAAUCUUUGCGCUUCCAGGCAAUCCUGUGUCAGCUGUUGUCACCUGCAAUCUCUUUGUUGUUCCUGCGCUGAGGAAAAUGCAGGGUAUCCUGGAUCCUCGGCCCACUAUCAUCAAAGCCAGGUUAUCAUGUGAUGUUAAAUUGGACCCCCGCCCAGAAUAUCAUCGGUGCAUUCUGACUUGGCAUCACCAAGAACCACUACCUUGGGCACAGAGUACAGGGAAUCAGAUGAGCAGUCGUCUGAUGAGUAUGCGCAGUGCCAAUGGACUGUUGAUGCUACCUCCAAAGACAGAGCAGUAUGUGGAGCUUCACAAGGGGGAGGUGGUGGAUGUCAUGGUCAUUGGGAGGCUAUGAUGUCACCAGCAAGAGCGAAGCUUUGAUGCAUGUCCACAUAUCAUUGACUGUAUCCUGUAAUAUGCAACGGCACAGCUAGUUUUUCCGAUUUGGAUAAAAGUUGAUCAGUAUAGUCAACAUCUUGAAAUAUAUUUCAAAUGGAAUUUAAAUAAAUACCUUUUAAAAAAAAACUUUAAAAGAAAUCUUAACAAAGAAAUUUAUUCUGAUUAUAUCAAAGCAACUUUUUCCUUUUCUUGCAAUUGCUUUGUGUGUUCAAUGCUAGUUCGAAUAGCGGUAGCUUUUAGUAGACAGCAGUAGGUGCCUGCAGAACUUGUGUUUUUUCUCAUCUUUAAGAUACAACUACUUACGCUCUUAAAACAAGGCUGUCUGCUUAUUUAUACUAGCGUAGACAACACUUGGAUUUCCCUUAUUAGUAUGCUUCAUAACCGCUUCACAGAGAGCUUCUGCUUGUUCUUUAUCUUGUAUCUCGUGUUGAUGUGCACAGUGCCAAAAGCAGAGUGGCUGCCCUGGGAACCCAGUGAAGCCCCGAGGUUUUCUCACCUCGCCGCGCAUUCAGGGAUGUCUCUUGUCCCAGCAGCCACCCAGCUCAGUACUCUUGGGCAGUAACUGGAUACCUUUUAUUUCAACAAACAAAAAAAUUGCUUCCUUAAGUGCUGACAGCCUUUUUAACCAAUACAUUUAAAAAUGUACAGAACUAAAAACUAAAAAAAUCAAAGACUGAUCUUGUACAGAUAUUAGUGUUACCAGCAUUCGUGUGGAAAUUAAAUGAGCAAAGAAAUAAAACUAAUGUUAAACAACUCUGUACCAUAACAUUUUCUGUAAUGAUAUUGAAACUUAAAUGAAUAAAAAAAAUCCUCAAUCAUUAUUUAAAAUUUCA